CCAUGAAUGGCAUAUAUGUCAGCCAAUAGCGUGAGGAGGACAUGGCUAUUUCAACCAAUCAGAGGCUACUUCCUGGUCGCGGCCUGCGUUGGGCUCGCUGUGUGUUUGUCCGUUACGGCCUCCCUCGCUGGGCUCUGGCUGGGAAGAGUAGAGGCGGGGAGGGAAUGGUGGUGUAGCAGAGGAGGCACCGUGAAACCACCGCAGGGGAAUGUAGAACUUCACGGCGAAAAUCACCCACAAGGAGCCGUGUACGCGAGCCAGAAGACCCAACACAUCGCCUGGUUUCUCAUGGAAACAGAUGGAUUUGUGAGGAGGCGUCGGAUGACAGCGGAGACUACAGGCAAUGAUCCCGGGGUUGCUGGAGCCUCAGCCGGGGCAGAAGUUCGAUGGUUGGGGGGCAGAUUCUGGGGAGUUUCGGAAAGUAUCGUGGGAAGCCUGACACCCCGGAUCGGGGGGGAAGCAGAACUGCAGACUGUUGAAUUUAUCCGCAGUGCACAAGAUGCACAAACAGAGGACUCUGAACCGGACUAUGAGGGUUUGCCACAGGGAGCCUCCACUAGCACCCACAUGUUGGCUGGAGCUGUGGCUGGGAUCAUGGAGCACUGCCUCAUGUUCCCUAUCGACUGUGUGAAGACACGAAUGCAGAGUCUCCAGCCAGACCCUGCAGCCCGCUACAGGAAUGUGAUGGAUGCUCUUCGGCGAAUUGUAGCCACAGAGGGAGUCUGGCGGCCAUUGAGAGGCCUGAAUGCGACAGCAGUUGGGGCAGGACCUGCCCAUGCCCUCUAUUUUGCCAGCUAUGAGAAACUCAAAAAGACUCUAAGUGAUGUCAUUCAUCCAGGGGCUAACAGUCAUUUGGCUAAUGGAGCAGCUGGGUGUGUGGCCACACUGCUUCACGAUGCAGCCAUGAACCCAGCUGAAGUUGUGAAGCAGCGCAUGCAGAUGUAUAAUUCGCCCUACCGCGGCGUGUUGGACUGUGUACGCGCCGUGUGGCAGAAAGAGGGCCCCGCUGCAUUCUACCGCAGCUACACCACCCAGCUCACCAUGAACGUGCCCUUCCAGGCACUCCACUUCAUGACCUACGAGUACCUUCAGGAGCUGCUCAACCCCCACAGACAAUACAAUCCCUCAUCCCACAUGUUGUCCGGAGCUUUGGCUGGAGCGAUCGCAGCUGCAGCCACCACACCUCUGGAUGUGUGCAAGACCCUGCUCAACACCCAGGAGUCUGUAACCCUCAGCUCCCUUCCUUCUGGCCAAGGCCCCAGCCAGGGCCAAGGCCAAGCAGCCCACAGACGCAUCUCAGGCCUGGCCCAUGCCUUCCAGACGGUUUACAGGCUGGGCGGCCUGCCGGGCUUCUUCAAGGGAGUCCAAGCGAGGGUCAUCUACCAGAUGCCCUCCACAGCCAUCAGCUGGUCGGUCUACGAGUUCUUCAAGUAUGGACUCACCAAGCACCAGCACAACAAGAGGAGAAAGCAACACAUGGAGGCUGAGAUGUAGAUAUCUCCUUGAUUUGAUCUCCUCUAAAUAUUACUCUGUCCUCCCUGUGAGGAGAAAUUAAUACGCACAUUGAAUCUGACUAAAAUCCACCUCAGUUGUCCCAUCCCUUUCAGACAUAGCAGAUAAGAAAGACAUCUUCAAACCUAGUUCCUUUAGUUUUAUUACCGUUACACUAUUACAAGAAUAGGGUUGAGUUAUGUUGUUCCUCACUUUUAGGAGAAAACAUUUACACAGUAUUAUAGAACUAGUUCACCUUUUUUGUUUAAGCUGUUCUAGUUACUACUAUGUUUGUCCAAACAGGAUAACUGUGAAGAACUGCAAAGGUGGUCAGCAGAGGGCAGUAGUGUUACUGUGUUAACUCUUGUAGUAUCAGAAGCUUUGCUGUCCUUGGGCCAGAUUUAAUUUUCCCUCAUCCAAACUUUACAAAUAAAGAUUAGAACCGACUUCUUAUCCACAUCUCAUAACAGAGAGAAUUCAGUCUUUAACCCUCAAUAUUUUUGUUGCUUUUAUCCAGUUCAAAAAUAUUUCCGCCUUAUGGCAUUCAAAGAAAACAGACCCUUCAAAUAAUUUGUUGUCAAUAGAACACACAAUAAUUCUAUCAAUAUCCAGAUACCUUUGAGAAAAUUCAGUAAAAUCCAGCCAAAUAUGGCCACUCAGGUAGUUGAGAUUUCACAGAUUAACAAAGGAGACCAUAAUCUAGACAGAUACUGGGUUCCUUUUUUGUUUUGCUAAAUUAAUAUAUAUUUACUUCCCUUUUCAAAUGUGUUUAAAUUUGUCAUCUGUGAUGUAAUUGGACAGAAAAAGAGAUCGAAGGUAUCUGAAGUGUGUUGUUAAUUUAUUUUUCAGAAUUUUGAUUCCUUAAAUAGUAUUUUAUUUCCAGCAAAUGUAUUACUUUAGUUUUUUUUUCCAUACCUCUGUGAUUUGGCACAGUGUACCUGUUCGGCAAGGCAGACAAGAGCAGCAUUCAGAUGGCCGUUUCUGUGCUUCAGCUGUAGCUGUCAGUCUGUUUUCAACUAGUGAAAUACUGAGUUUAAUUGUUUGUGCUCAGCAACAAAAGGAUGAAGAAUUUUACUGAGAAUUUCCGAGUUGGAUCUCCCACGAGAUAUGUCUCUGUACGCACAAUGAGUACACUUAUAAUGGAAGCUGUCAUUCUUAUUGAUUGAUGUCUGAUUGUUUCUGACACUGAAUUGCACUCAUUGAAUAAAGAUUCAGCAGCGGGGCUCUUCUCACUGCUCAUAAGACUAGGAGCCCUGCUUUAAUUUCA